UUAAUGGUUAAGGACAUCAGAGAACACAUUUUGGACCUGCUAAAUAUAGCAAACCUCGUCUCAUUUGUGUGCCGUAGGUAACCCGAGCUGCAGCUGAAUUUAUGCCCAGGGAAUCUAUCAGCCUCUAUAAAAAAAAACCUCACAUGACUCUGUACAUGAGAGCGAGAAAACUUUUCAAGAUAAACAGAAAAAACAAAAAAUGUGUACUUCUUCUUCUUCUGGAGUGCAGCUUCGUGUCCUGCCGAGCAGCAGCUGCUUCUUCGAUGAAGCGGUUCAGAUUAAACUGAGCGGUUUGCCUCCUGGGAAACACGUGGAGCUCCGCGCCAAACACCAGGACGACAAAGGCGUUGUUUUCCGGGCCGCCGCUACGUACCAGGCAGACGCGCGAGGGGAAGUAGAUGUGAGCCGCCAGCCGUCCACGGGAGGCUCCUACACGGGGGUGGAGCCGAUGGGUUUGUUCUGGUCCAUGCUGCCAGAAAGUCCUCACAAGAAGCUGCUGAAGAGAGACGCGUCCAGUCCUGUCCUCGUCCACAUCGAGGCGCACGGAGACGGACAGGUCCUCACUCAGGGGACCAACGAGAGACGCUUCAUGGCUGAUGGAGUGAAGAGGGUCCCUGUAAGAGACGGCAGGUUACGGGGAACUCUCUUCAUCCCGCCUGGUGAAGGUCCGUUCCCUGGAAUUAUAGAUCUGUAUACAUUAGGAGGCACCGUGUGUGAGCCGCGAGCAGCUCUACUGGCGAACAAAGGCUUCGUGGUGUUUGCUCUGGCUUUCUACGGCUACCAGGACAUGCCCAAAACCGUGAACACGCUCCAUCUGGAGUACUUCGAGGAAGGUCUAACAUUUCUGCAGGAGCACCCCAAGGUGAAAAAAACAGGAAUGGGAAUAUUGUCACUCUCAAAAGGUGGAGAUCUGGCUUUGUCAAUGGCUUCCUUCCUUCCCAACGUUGCAUCCAUCAUCUGCAUCAAUGGCUGUAACGCCAACACCAUGUUCCCCCUCCAUUAUAAGGACAUGGUGAUCCCACCGCUUAUUCUCAACAUGCAGAACGUAAUCACGACACCAUCAGGCAUCGCUGAAGUGCUAAACGUUUUUCCAGAUGUGACAGCAGAAGAGACGCGAGAUUUGAUCAUCCCUAUCGAGCGAGCCAGCUGCAAGUUCCUGUUCAUAGUGUCAGGAGAUGACAAGAACUGGAACAGCACCUUUUUUGCAUCGCAAGCUUGCAGCAGACUCAAAGCACACGGAAAAGCGAACUAUGAAACAGCGAAUUACCCGAAAGCAGGACAUUUUAUGGAAGUCCCUUAUAUGCCCCAUUGCCCGUCCGGGUUCAAUGGCGCAGUGGAACAAGUGAUCGAGUUUGGGGGAGAACCGAAAGCUCAUGCAGAUGCACAGGUUGACGCUUGGAGGAGAGUUGAAGUGUUUUUUAAAAAACAUUUAAACGGUGUUGACUUUAUAAAAGCCUCACUUUGAGCAGCGGUUGGACAUUUAUAGAGACAUUGUUUUGUGUUCAUAGAGACAUUUUUUUAAAUGUCUACACUAUACGUUUCUCCUUCUGAGGCUUUCUUGGUGGAGUUCAGAUCUUCUGGAAAAAGUAUUAGAGCUGGAAAUUCUGGAGCAAAAUAUGUCUUAACAUACAGGAAUAUUGUGUACGGCCAAGACACAGUAUUGGUGGUGAUUUUAUUUUAUUAUGUAUAAUGCAUACAUAUAAUACAGAAAAUGUGUGUGGCCAAAGAAGCUACUUUUAGUAGCAGUAAGUUUAUGCAACAUGGAAGUGACCAUUCUCACGUCCCAAAAAAAUUCAAGUUUUUAUUUAUAUGUCCCCCAAAAGAUUUUAUAUGAGCCCACAUUUUCAGCAUUAUACUGUCUCGCUUCAAACAAUAAUCAUUUAAAAUGCGAAAUAUUAAUUAUUCUUUAUGAGAUAUUUUAGGUAUUGUUUCUGAAAUUGG